AUGGAGGAGAUUACAGAGAAAUGUGCAGGUCUACAUCUGUCAUUGAAGGAAGAUGCUGAAGUUAUAAUCCACGAACCAGUACCAGAGGAGGGCUUAGUCCUUCUAGGGAAGUUCUAUACAAAGAGGAGAGUUAACUUAGAGUCUGUUGCAAGGGUGCUGAAAUCGGUGUGGAAAACUGAGGCUACUUUCGAGGUCAGCGAUCUGGGCGAGAAUAAGGUCAUGUUUCUUUUUCAAAAGAAGGAUGAUAUGGAUAGAGUACUGUUCCUUAGCUCGUGGUCUUUUGAUAAAUACUUAUUAGUCCUUCAUAAACUAGCGUAUGGGGAGGCGGUGCAAGAUAUCAAGUUUGAUAGGACUUCGUUUUGGAUCCAAAUACAUGGGCUGCCUACAAUGUGUCAAACGAAGACAGUGGGAAUGAGUAUCGGAGCUACUUUAGGGGAAGUGGAGAAGGUGGAUGCAAAUGGGAGUGGAUUUUGCCUGGGAAGUUUUCUGCGAAUAAGGGUUCAACUGGAUAUCACUAAGCCGCUGUGUUGUGGUCGGAAGGUUAGGCUGGGCGAGCAUGGGAUGAAAUGGGUAGAAUUCAAGUACGAGAGGCUUCCGAUUUUCUGCUACUUGUGUGGGAUGAUUGAUCAUGAUGAAAGAGAUUGUCUGCAGGGUUUUCGAAGCAAGGAAAUGCCAAGGCCAGAGGAGAAGCAAUUUGGUCCGUGGCUGCGUGCGAACCCGGACAAACACCAAAAAACUGUACUAAUCACUGCCGGAAAGUAUGGAGAAAGUAGAAACGGGGAAGUCGAACCUGAAACAAUGGCUCGAAGAUGGAAUGCAGAACCUACAAAGGAAGGCGUGACUACUAGAAUUGACGGUUUGGGUAAGGCGGAGCGAACGGUGGAGGACAGGGCAGACGUGGCGAACGUGGACAACACUCCAGAUCAGCUGAAAAUCAAAAUCCCGAAUAUCUCGCUACGUUCAAUUUUUGAAAAAGAAAUACAAGCCAUUGAUACCGCGAUUAUGGGAGACGUUUCAGCUGUAAAUGAUGAGCCAAUAAAGGAAUUAAUAAUGAGAAGGGAGGAAAUCACGUUGACGCAGAAGGAUACCAAGCUAGACAGUAAGGACCGGAACUGUAUGAAUGGGCCAAAUCUCCAAGGCCCACAGCCAAAAGGAGUUAUUGGGCCUCAGGAGCAACUUAUGGAGAUGAAUGAAAGACCGGGUGUGGAUUUGGGCUUAACUCCAUCUAGUAUUAGUUUUAAACUGAGGCCUACUUCUCCAAAGUCAACUAAAUCUCUGAAACUAAAGAAAGCCACGGAAGGUGGCCAAAAGAAAAAUAAAGGAAACAGAGGCGGCAUGGAAACAAGGAAGAAUUUGGUCAGGGAGUGCAUGCAACGUCAAGGAGUUGAUAGUGGUAUUGAGAGGUCCAUGGAAGUCGAUCAAACAGAGAUGGGAUUAAAGAGGAGAGUACGAUCACCGUCGCAUGAAGUGGAGAAUUUUGAUGGUUCUGGGAAAAGAGCAAAACUGGAGGGAGAAGUCAGGGAGUUUGGUAAAAUGUUAGCUCACCAUUUGGGAUCGGCGGAGGCUGGCAACCAGCCCCGCCGGACACAAUGA